AUGGGCGCCCCGGGCUGGGUGUGGGGCCGGGGGGCGCGGCGGGCGCUGAGCUCGGGGGGUCCCCCGGCCGAGGGGGGGGUGCGACCCUUCGAGGAGAUCCCCCGAGCCGGCUCCAACCGCUGGGUCAACCUCCUGCGCCUCUGGAGCCGGGGGGGCUUCCAGGACUUCCACCUGCGCAUGGAGGGGGGCUUCCAGCGCCUCGGACCCGUCUACAGGGAGCGCGUGGGUUCCCUGGACUGCGUGAACGUGCUGCUGCCCCGGGACGCGGCUCAGCUGCUGCGGGCAGAGGGGCCCUUCCCCCGCAGGAUGGGCAUCGCCGCCUGGAGCGCCCACCGCAGCCUGCGCGCCCACCGCUGCGGGCUCUUCCUCCUGAACGGCCCCGCGUGGCGCUCGGACCGCCUGGCGCUGAACCGGGCCGUGCUGUCCCCGGAGGGGGCCCGCAAAUUCCUGCCCCUCCUGCACUCCGUGGCGCGGGACUUCGCCGAGUCCCUGCGGGGCCGCGUGCGCGGGACCCCCGGGGGGGCCCUGACCAUCGACCCCCACCCCCUGCUCUUCCGCUUCACCCUCGAGGCCAGCAGCUACGCCCUGUACGGGGAGCGCCUGGGGCUGCUGGGGAGGCGGCGGGGGGCGCAGCGGUUCCUGGGGGCGCUGGAGGAGAUGCUGAGGACCACCCUGCCCCUGCUCUUCCUGCCGCCCCCCCUGCUGCGCCUGCACCCCCCGCUCUGGCGCCAGCACCUGCAGGCCUGGGACACCAUCUUCCAGCACGCUGACGAGAACAUCCAGCGCAUCUACCGCGAGUUCUGCCGGGGACCCUGCGGGGCCCGGGGGCGGCCGGGGGUCCUGGCCGAGCUGCUGCUCCAGGGGCAGCUCCCCUCCCUCCAUCAAAGCCAACGUCACCGAGUUCACCGCGGGGGCGUCGACACCACGGCGAUCCUGCUGCUGUUCACGCUGUUCGAGCUGGGUCGGAACCCGGGGGUGCAGCGGGCGCUGCGGGACGAGCUCCGCGCGGCCGGGGGGGCCCUGGCCGAGCUCCUGGGGGCGCUCCCGCUGCUGAGAGCGGCCAUCAAGGAGACCCUGAGGCUGUACCCGGUGGGCAUCACGGUGCAGCGGUACCCGGCCACCGACGUGGUGCUGCACAACUACCGAGUGCCCGCGGGGACCCUGUGCCAGGUGGCCCUGUACUCCAUGGGGCGCUGUCCCGAGGUGUUCCCCCAGCCCGGCCUCUACGGACGCCGCUGGCUGGGCAAGGACGGCUCCGGCUUCAAGGCCUUGGCCUUCGGCUUCGGAGCCCGGCAGUGCAUCGGGCGCAGGCUGGCAGAGGCUGAGAUGAUGCUCUUCCUCGUGCACGUCCUGAGCAACUUCACCAUCGAGGCCGUGUCCCCCGAGGACGUCCCCACCGUCUUCCGCUUCAUCCUCAUGCCCGAGAAGUCCCCCCUGCUCACCUUCCGUGCCCUCCACUGA